UAUAUGAGGCAAUAGAAUAUUCAGAUAAAUCUACGCCUAGCAAUAUGUUUCACCACAUAGUAUCAUAUAGACGGGCUCUUGUGUUGAUACUGUGUACGAUAUUGUUUUUGGAGGCUCAAGCUGAUUCAGAUAUAUGCAAGAUAUGUACUUGCAAUUCACUUACAACAAAUAUAAAUUGUGAAAAUCGCAAUCUAGCAUCAAUUCCACAACCAAUUCCGACGAAUGCUGAAUAUUUAAAUCUGAAGAACAACCACAUUUCAACCAUCAAUGAAGGUGUAUUCAAGGGGCUUUCCAAUUUAAAAAAAAUAUCUCUAACGAACAAUAAAAUUUCGAGGGUUGAAAAGGGAAUGUUUCAAGGCCUUCGCCGCUUACAGACUCUAAUUCUGUGGAACAACAACAUUUCAACCAUCGAAGAAGGUGCAUUUACGGGGCUUUCCAAUUUAAAAAAAUUAGAUCUUGACGGCAACAAAAUUUCAACCUUGAAACAAGGUAUAUUCAAUGGGCUUUCGAAUUUGACGACAUUGUAUCUUGGUGCCAACAACAUUUCAACCAUCAAACAAGGUAUAUUCUCGCGGUUUAAGAAUUUAAAGAUAUUAUAUCUUAAGAACAAUAAAAUUUCGAACAUUGAGAAAGUAAUGUUUCAAGACCUUCACAGCUUAGAAACUCUGUAUCUUGGUGCCAACAACAUUUCAACCAUCAAACAAGGUAUAUUCACGCGGUUUAAGAAUUUAAAGACAUUAGAUCUGCGAGAUAACUACAUUUCAACCAUCGAAGAAUGUACCUUCACGGGGAUUUCGAAUUUAAAAACAUUAGAUCUUGACAGCAACAAAAUUUCAACCUUGAAACAAGGUAUAUUCAAUGGGCUUUCGAAUUUGACGACAUUAUAUUUGCAAGACAACCCAAUAGAACAUUAUGAAGAUGGCGCUUUCUUAUUCCUUCCCAGCAUAGUUGAAAUUUACCUCCCAGACAAUAACCUGAGGUGUGGAUGUCACUUGCCAGCCUUCGUAAAUUAUAUUAAAAAAGUCUAUAACAGAACUGUGGCUGUCUCUGGCACGUGUCAUGAAGGCUCGGGGAAACGAAUAUCUAUACUGGAUUAUUUGCAAUGUCAAAAUUACUCGUUAUUUCAACGGAAUUUACAGUGUCAAACAUGUUCAGGAAUGAAAUGUACUGAUUUAGAAGUGACAAGCUGUCCAGGAGCAGAGCCUGUAUGCCGAUUCUCAAUAUCAAUGAACGGUGCUAAACUGAAGACUGAAAGGUCUGCAGCACAUACAGAAAUGUGUUGAAGCAAUGAG